AUUGAUAAUAUAUUAUUUAUCCCGCAUUUUUCUUUUUUUGAAGAUUAUUAAAUCCAUUUGAUAAAAAAACGAUACACUUUAAAUAAUAAAUCUGACAUUUAUAAAAACUUGAAAGAUCUCUUCUUCUCUUGAAUUCCAUAAAACUCGCAAAUUUCCAAUAUGGAUGAAAAAAAUAUCGACCCAAUCAACGGAGACACCGGUAAUUCAAUAACUAAAAACAAAAAUAAACGUGAUCAAUGGUCUAAUCAUUUGGAAUUUAUAUUGUCCACGAUUGGUUAUUCUGUCGGCUUCGGAAAUGUAUGGCGUUUUCCUUAUGUGGCCUAUCAAAAUGGAGGAGGUGCAUAUUUGAUACCUUAUAUUAUAAUGCUCUUACUGGUCGGCAAACCCAUCUAUUUUAUGGAAUUAGCUCUAGGACAAUAUACGCAAUUAGGACCUUCCGCAGCAUUUAGAAUAUGUCCCAUAGCAGCUGGUGUAGGAGCCGCAAUGGUUGGCAUAUCUUUCGUAAUCAGUAUAUUUUAUAAUGUUCUGAUGACGUAUACUCUAUAUUUUACAUUCGCGGGCUUUCAACGUCGUUUACCAUGGACUCAUUGCAAUAAUUCAUUCAAUACAGAAUUUUGCUAUCGUAUUAACGACUUCCGAUCUAGCAAUACGAAUAAUUCAUUAAACCAAAACUAUAGUAAUAUAGGAUAUAAUAUAACUAACAAUAUCAUAAGGAGAUCCUCAAGUCAGGAAUAUUGGGAUUAUGGUGUUUUGGGUAAAAGUGCUCACCUAGAUAAUAUAAGUAAUAUAAAGUGGGAUUUAGCAUUACUUCUCCUCCUAUCUUGGAUUAUCACAUUUGGUUGCCUAUGCAAAGGAGUUAAAUCGGCAGGAAAGGUGAUAUACUUUACCGUAACACUACCUUACGUUCUCUUGUUUAUUUUGAUGAUUAGGGGCGUGACAUUGGAAGGAGCUAAAGAUGGAAUUUUAUACCUCUUUACACCCCAGUGGAAUAAACUGUUAGAUAUAGGGGUAUGGAGAGCUGCAUGUUCGCAAAUGUUUUUUUCACUAAGCGUAACCCUAGGAGGGGUUAUUACAUUCUCAAGCUUUAAUUCAUUUAAUAACAAUUGCCAUCGUGACACGUUGAUUAUAAGUAUAAUGGAUACAGUCACGAGUCUUUUAUCUGGAAUUGUUAUAUUCUCAGUACUUGGAUAUAUGUCACAUUCAACAUCUAUACCUUUAUCCAAAGUGGCCUCUAGCUCAGGACCCGGUCUUGUUUUUGUUGUGUAUCCUGAAGCUUUAUCGGGACUUCCUAUACCUCAAUUAUGGACAGUUCUAUUUUUCCUUACUCUAUUCAGCUUAGGAUUGGACAGUAUUGUAGCAGCCAUUGAGGUUGUACUAUGUGCGCUUCACGACACGUUCCCUAAAAUAUUUCCUUGGAAAUACAAAACAUAUGUUUGCUUAGGUGUAUGCUGUCUAUUUUACCUGAUUGGACUGACUCUAGUUACUGAGGGUGGAUUUUAUAUCAUAGACAUUAUCAAUUUUUAUGUGGCUGAUUCAAGUUUAGUGAUUAUAGGUGCAUGCGAAGUGAUCGCCAUCAUGUGGAUAUAUGGCUAUAAAAACUUCAUAAAGGAUAUUGAAGUAAUGUUAGGUAAAAAGCUUCCUUCUCGAUUAUAUUGGAUUAUAACUUGGAUUAUCAUCUCUCCUGUGACUUUAACGGCAAUAUAUUGCCUUUCCAUCUUCGAUAUUGCGAAAGAUGGGGCGGUAUCGAACGAUGGUAGACCGUAUCCACAAUGGGCUCACAUUAUCGGGUGGUGCUUAACGGCUUUAACAGCUGGAAUGAUACCUUUAAUAGCUUUGUACAAGUAUUUUAAUGCUCCUGGAUCUAAUUUUUAUCAGAAAUGGAAAAAUGUCAUUAAACCUUCCCAAGAAUUUAAUAAUAGCAAUAAGUUGUCUAUCUCAGAAAGUAUUGAUUCGAUAAUCUUACAAAAGGCGCAAGAACAACUGUUAGAGACUUCGAAAUGUUAAUUAUUACAUAUUGUUGUGUAAAAUAUAUUAAUUUAAAUAUAAAAAUAGUGUAUAACUGCUAUUG